CAAGAGAGGGUUUCUUCUCCUGAGAAAUACCCUGUGCAAUACCGGUUUCCCCUCUUGACCUUGGCAUAAGGAUAUUCUAAUGUUAGCCUCCCAUAGUUGAUAAACUUACUAGGACCUUGGAAGCAAAUCAUUAGGCCCAGGAGCAUGGAUCGGAUAUAGACACAAAGUUGGAACAAAGAGGGACCUUGCUUGGCACGUGAGGCCCAUGUUGAAACAAGAGAAGGGUUAACGAUACCUGCGGCGUCAUUGUAGCCCUGGCAUUGUCCCUUGCAAAUUAAUGCGAAUACCUGGCUAUUAAGGAGUUGAAUAGGAAAUAUGAGAUUUGUUUGACUUUUGAAACGUUAGAAGAUGAAGCAAGCCAGAGGCAAAGAAUUGUGGCCUCACAUAUCAGGCAGAAGUCAGGUACACAGCCGGUGCGCUUGCCAAACUCAAAAGUUAAGCAGUUUUAGGUCAGCACCCAAGAAUUUUUGCUUGCGCCUCGCGACACAAACCAAACUUCAACAGGCGCAUUCGCACCUUCCGACAACGUUAAAUUCAACUAUUACUCCUUCUCACUCUACCGCUAUUCGCGACUCUUGCCUGGUGCAAAGUUGCAGACAAACUCUCCAAGAAAGGAAGGAAUUGCUGUGAAAUUUGAACCUUCAUUUUCAUUGCUUCUGGCCCCACUUCUGAAUCUCUUACUUCCACUUCUUUUGCCUCUACUUUAUCGACUCUGCCCCGCGAUAUUUCAUCCGCGAAACCCUUUAACUUCCGCCACGACCACUCAAACAGAAAACCAAUAAAAUGGCCGCCGCUGUAGCUGACACCCCCAAGAUGGACGAGCAGGUCGACCUCACCACUAUUCCCGUCGACCCUGCUGGCAAGGAGGAUUCUUCCGAUGUCAAGGACGACGACAAGCCCGUCACCGUUUUCCACGACAAGGACAACUUCAACGUGAAGCACCCUCUUCAGAACAAGUGGACUCUCUGGUUCACAAAGCCCCCGAGUGGCAAGGGCGACAACUGGAACGAUCUCCUUAAGGAAGUUAUCACCUUCGACUCCGUUGAGGAAUUUUGGGGCGUUUACAAUAAUGUCGCACCCGUUUCCGAGCUUUCCCUCAAAUCCGACUACCACCUCUUCAAGGCCGGCGUCCGCCCUGAGUGGGAGGACCCCCAGAACAAGCACGGCGGCAAGUGGUCUUACCAGUACAAGGAUAAGCGAAACAUUGAUGUCGACCGCCUUUGGCUCCAGGUCAUGAUGGCCGCUAUUGGUGAGACUCUCGAGGACGAGGACGAUGGCGAGGUCAUGGGUGUAGUUGUCAACGUCCGAAAGGCCUUCUUCCGAAUUGGUGUCUGGACCCGUACCAUCGGAAAGAGCAUCCCCGGCCGAGGUGAAGGCGAUGUUGCUGGUGGCAAGGGCCGUAGUAGUGAGAAGGGUAAGGAGAUUCUCCUGUCUAUCGGCCGCAAGUUCAAGGAGGUUCUCGAGCUGCCUGCCGCGGAGCAGGUCGAGUUCUCUGGACACACCGACAGUGCCCACUCAGGCAGCACACGAGCCAAGGCUAAGCACGUUGUUUAAAAGUGCGAGGAUUUACGCAGAGGCACGACGUUGAUUUAGCACGAUAUCCGAUAAUGACCAUUUUCACGUUUCUGAACCUGACGCCGUUCAUCUGGCGAUUCACGAGAGGUCAACGAGUUGUUGAAGCAGAAGCGGGACAGCAAGGAUCGGGCGGCGACUGGCUUGAACCCGGAUAUGUAAACCGCUCAGUCAGCCUGGGCACGAUUUAUCCUUAAUUUCAUUUGGCUCAAUGUUCCAUUGGCGUUGCUUGGAGGGCUGUUUCCCAAGUGGCAUCCACGAAGUAUGAAAAGGGACACCCAUGGAGGGGAAAGGAAAAUAGAUUUUUGUACUUUCAACCAACUGUAAUCAGUUGCUUCACAUGAAUACCUGCUAGGCAUACUCAAUUACUACCAACUUGCUGAAACAAUGUUCGCAUAUACUUGGUGAGUUGUGUGUUACAGGUAGAGCGAUCAUCGAGUUUCAUAUCUUACACGUUUGAUUUUUCAACGAAAGUCGAUCAGAUCAACUCUCGUCCCCGC